AUGAUGAACUUCGAGGACGUUGAGGAGCGGGAUGGUGUGCGACUAUCCUGGAAUGUAUGGCCGUCGUCGCGAAUCGAGGCGACGAGGACGGUGGUGCCCAUAUCGGCACUGUAUACACCGCUCAAGAUUAGAGAAGACCUCCCGCCGGUUCUCUACGAGCCAGUUACGUGCAAACCGCCCUGCCGAGCCAUUCUUAAUCCAUACUGCCAGAUCGACAUUCGAGGAAAACUCUGGAUAUGUCCGUUCUGUUUGUCUCGUAACGCCUUCCCCCCGCACUACAAAGACAUCUCUAACACCAAUCUCCCUGCCGAGCUGCUUCCAAAAUACACCACCAUCGAAUACACUCUCGCCCGACCUGUGCCAGUACCGCCGGUCUUCCUGUUCGUAGUGGACACUUGUCUUGACGAGGAGGAUCUCAAGGCCCUUCGUGAGGCGCUGGUCACCAGCCUGAGCCUGAUCCCCCCGUACGCGCUCGUCGGUCUCAUCACAUUCGGCACGAUGACGCAAGUGCACGAAAUAGGGUACGCGGAGUGCAACAAGUCGUAUGUGUUCCGCGGGGGCAAGGAGUACCAGCCGAAGCAGAUCCAGGACAUGCUGGGGCUGAGCGGGCAGGCGCGGGCGGCGCCGCGUCCAGGGCAGCCAAUGCCACAGCAGUCGUUCGGGGCGUCGCGGUUCUUGCUUCCCGUGUCGCAGUGUGAGUUCCAGCUGACGAGUAUCUUGGAGGGGCUUGCGCGUGAUGCGUGGCCUGUGGCGAACGACAAGCGCGCGCUGCGAUGCACGGGUGUUGCGCUGAGCGUCGCUGUUGGGCUCCUGGAGACGACGUACCCGAACACAGGCGCCAGGAUCAUGCUCUUCGCGGGAGGACCAGCCACCGAAGGCCCCGGGAUGGUCGUUAGCAACGAGUUGAAGGAACCCAUUCGGUCUCAUCACGACAUCGACAGAGACAGCGUGAAGCACUUCAAGCGUGCUGUGAAGUUCUAUGAAAGUCUCGCUACCCGGGCAUCAAACAAUGGCCACACCAUUGAUCUGUUCGCCGGCUGUCUCGAUCAAGUUGGCCUCCUCGAAAUGAGAUCCAUGCCCAACUCUACCAAUGGUGUCAUCGUUCUUUCCGACUCGUUCGCCACGUCGAUCUUCAAACAAAGUUUCCUUCGUAUCUUCAACAAAGAUGAUCAGGGACAUCUUCACAUGGGAUUCAAUGCCACUUUCGAUGUGCAGACUACAAAAGAGCUCAAAGUCUCCGGGCUCAUUGGACACGCGAUCUCUGCCGGCAAGAAGUCCCCCUGCGUUGGCGAGACGGAAAUCGGUAUUGCUGGCACCUCGGCGUGGAAGAUCAACACCAUCACCCCCAAGAGUUCAGUUUCUGUGUACUUCGAGGUCGUCACUCCUGCCGGGCAGCCAUUGGCACCUGGUUCACGUGGACUCAUUCAAUUCGUCACGCAUUAUCAACACUCGUCUGGUCAACAGCGUCUACGCGUCACGACCAUUGCUCGCAACUUCGCCGAAGCAAACGCGCCAAGUAUCGCUGCCUCGUUCGAUCAAGAAGCAGCUGCCGUUCUCAUGGCCAGGAUUGCAGUCUUCAAGGCUGAGAUCGACGACUCUCCGGAUGUAUUGAGGUGGCUGGAUCGCAUGCUUAUUCGACUGUGCCAGAAAUUCGCCGACUAUAGGAAAGAGGACCCAACGUCGUUCAGGCUGACGGACAAUUUUAGUAUCUACCCCCAGUUUAUGUUCCAUCUCCGCAGAAGUCAGUUCUUGCAGGUGUUCAACAACAGUCCGGACGAGACAGCGUUCUAUAGGCGCGUGCUCAACGAAGAGGACGUCAACAACUCACUCAUCAUGAUUCAACCCACUCUCAUGUCGUACACCUUCGACACCCCACCACAGCCGGUCCUGCUUGACAGUGUAUCGAUCAAGCAUGAUGUGAUUCUCCUGCUAGACACUUUCUUCCACAUCCUUAUCUUCCAUGGCGAGCUUGUUGCGCAAUGGCGCAAACAAGGCUAUCAAGAUCAAGAGGGGUACGAAAACUUCAAGGAGCUCCUCGAGGCCCCUGUAGCAGAUGCCCAGGACCUUUUGGCUGACCGUUUCCCCAUUCCUCGGUAUAUCGUGUGCGACCAAGGUGGCAGUCAGGCCCGUUUCCUGCUGUCGAAGCUGAACCCAUCGACGACGCAUAUGUCGGCUUCCAUGUAUGGAUCGUCGGCUGCUGGUGGUGCUGGGCAGGCUAUCUUCACGGACGAUGUUAGUUUGCAAGUUUUCAUGGAGCAUUUGAAGAGACUGGCUGUCGGAGCACAAUCAAAUUAA